AUGAGGGAAGAGACAUUAAAAUCUAAAAACGAGACCCUACGUGGCUCUCCGAACCUCCCAAAGCCCUGUCUACGUGGAUCUGAACGACGCCCUUUCGACCGGGAACGUCGCACCACCCUGGAUUCCGACCUCUCCGACGAUUAUCGUCACCGCCGCCGAAGCCCCAGCUAUGACUCAUAUGAUCGUAGUAGAGACCGCAGCCGUGAUCGCCACCAACCCGAGUCGUCUGAACGUAGAAGCCCCAAGCGCGUCACCACCAACGAAGGACAUCCUAACGGCGACGCACUUCCAAAGAACUUCGGCCGCCAGAACGGUGGCUUGUUUCACAACCGUGACCGUCGCAAUGGUGACUGGCGACGGUGCUUCGAUUCCGAGUCCGACGAGGAACUGAAGGGAUUGCCGUUCGAAGGGCGCGAGAAUAAUAACGAUUCUAGCGACAAAGAGAUCAAACAUUACGAAAAAUCAAAAUCUAAAUCCAAUUCGGAGAGUUCUUCGGAGUCUGAAUUGGAAUCCGACGUUUCGCGCUCGAGGAGAAAGAGAAGAAAGAGUUCUGGUUCCAAGCGCAGUAGACGAAAGUCAAAUAGCGAUAACGAAUCUGAUGAGAGUGAAUCUGAAUCUGACGAUUUAAUUUCAAGGAGGAAGAGAAGAAGGAGUUCCAAGUCGAAGGGUCGGAGAAGGAGAAGGAGAAGGAGAAAAGUUGAUAGUGAUGUUGAAUCGGAGGAAAGCGAUAUUGGUUCUACUAUUGGUGAUGAGUCAGAAGUUGAAAUUUCAGAUGAUCUGCUUAUUAUAACUACUAAUGACCCUCUCUCUCAUUUGAUAGACUUUGCAUAUUCAAAUUUGUGA